AUGUUGGUUCUAUUACUAAUUUUACCUAUUCUAUCUUGUGUCAGUUCACAAUGCUUAGGACAACGGCCCCUAUGUAACUGUCAGCAAGAUGUACCCUGCGCGCCUUCGCUAUCAUGUCUCCAGCCAUCUCUAACUUCAUGCGGUUUGAUCACGGAAGUCCCAAUGCCCACGGAGGCCAUUUUGGAAAUACCCUUCAUCAAUUCGAUGUUGCCAGCUGCGUCUCCAAUUUCGGCUUACGCUAAUCCAUUUUCGCCUUUAUUCCCCUCGGUCUCGCCGUGUGAUUGCGGCAGCCAUUUUCUGAAGAAAAUUCCUAUUCCGCCGCCGUUUAUAUGA